AUGAGCUACUACGGCUACGGCAACUACUACGGAGGCCUGGGCUCUGGCUACUUUGGCAGCUUUGGUGGCCGUGGCUAUGGCUGUGGCUGUGGCUGUGGCAAUUUCUGUGGCAUGCGCUAUGGCUGUGGCUAUGGAGGCUAUGGUGGUGGCUGUGGCUGUGGUGGCUAUGGCUAUGGCUCUGGCUAUGGGGGAUAUGGCUAUGGCUCUGGUGGCUUCGGAUGUGGCUGUUACCGCCCAUGCUGCUGUGGAGGAUACGGAUUCUCUAUACUACUUAAGACUUUUACUGAUACCAUGAUCUCUUCUGUUGUGGUGGUGGAGAGGCACUGGGGCCAUACCUGGUUGUUUUUAGGGUACUCCCUGCACUGUGCAGGAUAUCAUUCCACAUGA